AUGUGCUGCGGCAAGGUGGCGACCCCACCGGGACCGCCACCGCGGCUGGCCGUGGCCGGCGGCGAGGAGGGAGAGGAGGAGGCGGCGGCGGCGGCGGGGGGGAUGUUGUCGAGGCGUGAGCAGGCGAGGGAGAUGACGGUGAUGGUUUCGGCGCUGGCGAGGGUGGUCGCUGGCGGCGGCGGCGGCAGCGCGGAGGAGGCGUGGUGGCCGGCGGCGUACGGGCACGGUGCACCGCUGCCAACGUCGUCUGCGUCCUACGUGGCUCACGAGCUCACAGCGGCCACGGCGAAGGCGACGACGUCGCCGCAUGAGCAGGCCUCUUCGCCGUCGUCCUCGUCACCCGACGCCGGCGUUGCGGGGGCGGCCAGGAAGCGGUACCGCGGCGUCCGGCAGCGGCCGUGGGGGAAGUGGGCGGCGGAGAUCCGGGACCCACAGAAGGCGGCGCGCGUGUGGCUCGGCACCUUCGACACCGCCGAGGCCGCCGCCCGGGCCUACGACGCGGCGGCGCUCCGCUUCCGCGGCUGCCGCGCCAAGCUCAACUUCCCGGAGGACGCCGCGCUCCUGCCGCCCGGGCUGCCGCCGCCGCCGACACGAGCUCCCGCGCCGGCGCCCACGGAGACGGCGUCGUCGUCGCAGUCGCAGGGGAUGGUCGGCGCGGAGUACUCGGAGUACGCCAGGUUCCUGCAGGGCGCCGGCGAGCCGCCGGGCUUCCUCGAACAGGUGAUGGACUCGCCUCAGCCGUCGGCGGCCGGCGCGUCAUCGGCAUCGCCGUCGUUUCCGUUGCUCUACAGCUUUGCGCCACAUGGACGUGACAGUGAACCCCGCCCACCACCCGGGAGCGGCGGUGCCGGCGGCGGUGGGACGGUCGACCCGCCGCCGGCGACAUGGCCGGACUCGGGGUGGCGCGCGCCGCCGCCGUGGGACCCAUCAAGAUAA